CAGGGGCUGUUCCGGGACAAGGUGGCCAUAGUGACCUGUGGGGGCACCGGCAUCGGGAAGGCCAUCACCGCGGAGUUGCUGGGACUGGGCUGCAAUGUGGUUAUCGCUUCCCGGAAACUGGACCGGCUGAAAGACGGCGCAAAGGAUCUGGUCUCCAAAAUCUGCCCGGCGAACCCGUCCGCAGUGACUGCGCUUCAGUGUAACAUCCGCAGAGAGGAAGAGGUGGAGUCUAUGGUUGAAGCUACUUUGAAGCAAUACGGUCGGAUUGACUUCUUGGUGAACAACGGCGGUGGACAGUUCCCGUCUCCCAGUGAAGCAAUAAGUUCCAAAGGAUGGAAUGCUGUGAUAGAAACCAAUCUGACCGGCACCUUCUACUGCUGCAAAGCCGUGUACAAUGCCUGGAUGAGGGACCACGGCGGAGCCAUUGUGAAUAUUGUGGCAGACAUGUGGAAGGGUUUUCCUGGAAUGUCGCACACCGGAGCUGCGAGGGCCGCCGUGGACAAUCUCACCAAAAGCCUGGCCAUAGAAUGGGCUCACAAUGGCGUCAGGAUAAAUUCGGUGGCUCCUGGAACGAUCUUCUCACAGACGGCUGCAGACAAUUACGAGAUGGGGGUUUCUGUGUUUCAAAACUAUAUCACUAAUAUUCCAGCCAAGAGACUUGGACUGCCCGAAGAGAUCUCACCAAUGGUCUGCUUCCUCCUCUCACCUGCUGCUUCCUUCAUCACCGGAGAGACUGUGAAGGUGGAUGCCGGGCAAAGCAUAUACGGCUCUCACUGGAAAGUACCAGAUCACAACAGAUGGCCGGCGGCACCAGAAGGAGAAAAUGCCGAAACUUUGAAGAAACUUGUUCCCAAUGUUCCUCCUUCGAAGCUGUGA